UUCCCCACCUGACUCCCUGUUGAAGCAGCUCCCUGGCAAAGAGAAAGGUACGUGCGUGCCCACCAGCUCCGAAGGCAAUCGACAGGGAGGCGACCGCCAUGGCCACCGGCUGCGUCCCCGGCGCUCUGCGCUUGGUCUCGUGGCGAGGAGCCUCCUCCUCCUCCUCCCACGCUCUGGUUCGUCUCGGCCCGCGCGUCGCCUCGUUCGCAGCCCCGCCUCGGCCUCGCCAUCGCCACCUUCGUCCAGCACCCGUCGCGCACAUGAUGCUCCGUGUUCCUCCCGCGAGGUGCCUGUCCCCCGCGACUCCGGAGUCUCCCUUGGAGCCGCCAAGCCUUUGGCAAAAGGCGUUGCAGAAGUGUAAGGGUGUCUCCUGGAAGCACCUUGCUUCACUUGUUCUGCUUCUUGGCUGCAUAGCGCUAGGUUACUCUGCAAACAAAGGGGACCCACACGCCUUGCUGAUCAUUGAUAUACUUGACAAAGCAAAUAAAGCAUACAAGCCUAGUCUGGAGUUCACAGUUUUACUCAUAGCAGUUUAUGUUUCUCUGUUCUCGAGGUAGAUGCAGACGAUCGCUCAGGGUUUUUUGGGUACAUGUUUUGGACAGUGGGAAGUAAGUGGUACAGUUACUGAGUCUUACCAAAUCUAUUUCUAGAAGUACAGGGUGAAGAUUGCCACCGGUUUUAUCAGAAAUGGAUGGGUUGCACAUACGGCGAUACCGACUUGACUAAUAGCACUAGUUUUGGACCAGAAAUUGCUUUAUCUCGUUACAACGUUUUACCAGAUGCGCCAGGUGUGCAUGUACCUUUUCGUCAUUCACGCUUUAUGCUGUUUCCCUUGAGGUGGAAACGUCAUGUUUUUCGGUGUUCACUGUGAGCGAUGUCAUCUGCUCUGAAUGAUGAACCAUUAUGCUGUAAAGUUGAAAAUGUGUCGCCAUCAAUUAUAGUUUUAGUGCGCUUGUAUGUUUUUCAA